AUGGAUCCUCCAGCCUCUCUAGAUAUCCAUGAAACAUGGAACGAGGAGAAGAAAUGCAUGAUAGUCAAGCAUGCCAAGGAACUUGCUUUUCUAGAGGAUCUACUUGAAAAAGAGAAGCAAGAUCUCCGCGAGAGCAGCGAAGGCGACCUACUAAAAUUAAAGGCAACGGUACCACCGGCCUUGUACAGGCAGAUAAUCUUGCCCAUGGCCGAAAAAAGCCUUAAGAAUGAUAUACGGCAGAUUGAGGCUAGCCACCAGAAAAGAACUAUAAUCGUUGAGAAGGAACAGAAGGCGGAACGUGCUCGUCAUGAGAUUGCUUAUCACGAGAAACUUAAAGUCUCCUUGGCUAUAAAUGGAGAUACGAAUUCAGCUGCCGGUGUUAAAGGCAGUCUCAUCUCACAACCUCAAGAUGCCGAUGAAUCCCUGACUUGCACCGUCCAGCAUGAAACCAUGUGUGGAGAGAGACGUCUGAUAAUGCGAGUCCAGUCCAAGAAACGCAAAGCAUCCAAGUCGAAAGAACAUUCCUCUAAGAAACCACGCGUCGAAACAUUUACCGAUUCCCACCAAACUUUUGUUGGCAAACCUUUAGACGAAAAUGCCCAUCUACCAACUCGAAUGAUCACAUUUGACGAGGUCUACCAGAAUGGUGCCGCAAAACACAAAGAUACAAUUGUGGAGUGGCCGAGCGAUAGUCAACAAUGGUACAUUCUAAAGUGUGAGAAACACGAGGCUCGUUUCACCAAAAAUGCCAUUCCAGGGGCCGCUAGACAUCUCAAUGGUCGAGGUCAUGGCUUCCCUGAUAGAAACUGGGAUAUGGCUGUCAAAACACUGGGUUACUUAGUGGUUGACUGCAACGAGGAACUGGUAAAGCUUAACAACCAGGUUGCAGAGGAAAGCUACAAAAGUGGAUAUAAACCACCCCUUGCUAAGACAGAAAAGCAGUCUAAAAAAAGAGAUAAGAUGCAAAAAAGGGUACAUAAGGAAGGGAAAAAGUCGUCUUCGUCAUGGACAGUAAAGCUGGACGCGGAUCUCACCCCAAAGAAACCAAAAGUUCGGGCUCGCCAGAAUUCAGGCACACCGACGAGUCGCCAGAACACCUCCAACUCACAAAAAGUAAUUACUAACCCUAAGACGUUCAAUAUUUAUUACGGCCGCUGGAAGUCUAACAGUGGUUCGGAGGAUAAUAAUGAAAUUUAUCCUGUCAUGAUACUCGGGUGGGAUAGUCAGAACGGAAGCGGCCUGAAGGACACUACCCUCAGUGCUACUGGUCUCCUUAAUAAGAGUUCCUCCCCACCAAACUGCUAUAUUUACGAAUCGGACAAAAUAGUUGGUUGGGCACCAGGAUAUGAAGAUGGCGGCGUUAAAGCUGACUCAAGGAAAUUUCCCGUUAUGUUUUUUGAUGAAUCUCAGACUGUAGCGUGGCUCCCAGCUCGAUAUCUGACCAAAUUCCCUCUAUACAAACGCACACCACCAUCCGAACCAGACCAUCCUUUCAAUGCUGCCUGUCGCUGGAUUGCUGAGAGGGAAGGCUUCCGUACGUGGGAAGACAGGGAAAAAGCUCGUCUUUAUCCACCAACAUCGCGGCAACCGUCGAUCUCACCAAUCACACCGAUUGCGGAUGAGUCUGCGAAACUAAUCGUCCAUCCCAGGGGAUGUGAAGAACCCGAAGGGUCUGAAAGAUAUCCUGCUACGAGUCAUGAUCCGUCGGCAGAUAAAGACGAUUCAGAUAGCCUCUUCUCUAACUCAGACGCGAUGUCAAUUUCCACUGAAAAUACGGAGAUGUUGGUAGAAGAAUGGCAGAAGAAUGGGGGGGAAAUUCCUGGCGAUGAGGAUUAUUCUGCUUCCGGAUCUGAUGUUGACGAUACUUUCGACGCCGAAAAAGAUGAUUGGGACAAACCCUCUUCACAUGCUAUAAAGCCAAGCGGUUCCUCGGAUCGCCCCUGGGCAUUUUACGGCCUACGGAGUAUAGAAGAUACCGGAGAAUUAAAAAAAUCAAUUGAAAAAUCGCGAGAGUCAGGAGAGAACCAACUCUCUACGUCGGUGGUUACAGGAAUGGAAUCAGCACGGGCGCUCACGGAACGGGCGUAUUCAUAUCCUAUAAACCCACAAGAAUCUCACGAAAGUCAUACAUCUAGCACGAAAAGGCCAAAAGGUUCCCAUACAAUACAACGUGCUGACCAGUUAGUUGAUUUGCCAUUAGGGGAUAGAGCUGCCAGCGCCCCUCAAACUGAUGUCGGUCGCAUUGCAUCGCCGGAAUCAACCCUUGCAGCAAUCAUCCACAAUCUCAUUACAACACCGAUCCCCGAAUUAAAAGGAAGUAAUGAAGCACAUGUUGCCGAUAGAUAUAUUGAUGGAGAUAGGGAUAUCCCGCCUCUCGUUUACGAGGCGUCUAAUGAUGUCAAGUCGAAAACUGGCGACAAGAUUGAAUGCAAACCUUAUGGAAACCUCCAGGCCUCAAACUCGAAACAGGCCGCCAAUAUCGAUAAGGGGCGCGAUGACAUAAGUGCGGGAGAUGAAAUGAUGGUGGAUAAAGAACACCUUGCCGAAAAUAGACAGGCUACCACUGAGGAAACGAUCCAGACAACACAACAUAAAGAAGAAGACAAGAAUGAGUCAAGCAAGCAUAAGGAAGACCAGCUCCCUGAAGGCGGACUGAUUACUCCCUCUACCAACCAAACAGCAGACGCAAAUGUUCCUACAUCUAACCAAUCCACUAAUAACCCCUUUACCGAUGCCACAUCGUCCCCAGGCAGUGCGGACUUUGAAUUAUCGCAAUGUAGCAAUGGAGUAACAUCGUGGGUGAGAUUGAACGAAGAAGAAGAUUGUGUCAAACUCUUCCACGAUAAGGAUCGAAAGAUAAUGGCGACCUGGAGAAGUCCGGUAGACGUUACGAUUAACUUAACGGAAAUAGCCAGCUUCUCGCGAGAGUACAUCCCAGGAUCCGACGGGAAUAGCGUUAUAGUAUUGAACAACAAGGAUGGUUCAUCAUGGAAACUCGUUUUUGGCCAGAGUAAGGAAAGUAAACUCUUAGCUGGCAAGAUCCAGAGUCGUGGGUUUAUACGACAGCUUCGAAACGCGAAUCCUGAUGUUAGAUGCUUGGAGAAGGUCUAG